AUGAGUUCUUUGAUAAUCUUUUAUGUAUCUGCAGUUGCUGCAUUGCUAGCAAUAAAGAGGAGUCUAAUUGAUCCUAUGGAUCACCUUAAAAACUGGACUAAGGGAGAUCCUUGCAUUGUUGGUUGGACUGGAGUGGUAUGCAACUCUAUCAAUGGAACUGUUGGGAACUUACGUGUCAAAGAACUACUCUUAAAUGGAAAUAAACUAUCUGGUUCUCUUCCAGAUGAGCUUGGUAAUCUUACAAAACUCAUCCGAUUCCAAGUAGAUGAGAAUCAACUUUCAGGGCCAAUCCCAAAAUCAUAUGCUAACUUGAUCAAUCUGAAGCACAUCCACUUCAAUAACAACACACUCAGUGGUCAAAUUCCAUCUGAGCUUUCCACAUUACCCAAGCUUAUUCACUUGCUUUUGGAUAACAAUAAAUUGUCGGGUUCUCUGCCACCGGAACUUUCGAGCUUGCCAGUUAUAAGCAUUCUGCAACUUGAUAACAACAACUUGGAAGGAGAAAUUCCAGCAUCUUAUGAAAAUUUUUCUACAUUAGUGAAAUUAAGUCUUAGGAAUUGCGGCUUGGAGGGACAGAUUCUUAACUUUAGCAAGAAUGCAAACCUCAGUUACUUGGAUCUUAGCUGGAACCAUUUUACUGGACCCAUACCACCAUAUAACCUCUCUUCUCAAAUGACAACGAUAAUUUUGUCACACAACCAUCUGAAUGGAUCUAUCCCCAGCAGUUUCUCCGGUCUUCCUGCCCUCCAGAAACUGUCACUUGAGAACAACACUCUAAAUGGCUCUGUACCUUCAUCUCUAUGGGAGAAAGUGGUCUUCAAUUCGAGUGCUCGACUUUUACUUAGAAGCUCGAGCACCUUCAACGAAUCAUGUCCAGUCAGAGGUUGUCCAACAGAUGUUUUUUUCGAAUACGUGCCAGACGCCCCAGAUCCAUGCUUUUGUGCAGCACCCCUUGGGAUAGGAUAUAGGCUAAAGAGUCCAAGUUUUUCCUACUUUCCUCCAUACAAAUAUUCAUUUCAAGAAUAUGUGACAAAGGAACUCACUUUGGAUAAGUAUCAAUUGUCGAUCGAUUCAUACGAUUGGGAAGGAUCUCGUAUGAGGAUGUAUCUUAAGAUUUUCCCAUUAUUUGAUAGUGGUUCUCACUUGUUGAAUGACAAUGAGACGCUUCGAAUUACAGAAAAAUUUAUGUCAUGGAAUUUUACUCGUAAUGACCUCUUUGGCCCGUACGAGCUUCUCAACUUCACGUUCCCCGGCCAUUCUCAGAUCGUCACUCUCCCUAGAGAGAAGGUGGGGAUUGGUACAGGCAUCUUGGCUGCCAUUAUAGUUGGAUCUGUCACCUGUGUUGUUUUGAUUGUAGCAGUGGUCAUACUUCUGUUCACUAGGCGUUCGAGUAGCCGUAACAAUUUGUCAAGGAGAAACUUCUCUUCGGUGAUCGGUAUGAAGAUUGAUGGUGUAAAAGCAUUUUCAUUCAAAGAAAUGCAAUCAGCUACUGGAUAUUUCAACUGUUCAUCUCAAGUAGGCCAUGGAGGAUAUGGCAAGGUCUAUAAAGGCAUAUUGUCUGAUAAUUCAGUUGUCGCUAUCAAACGUGCAGAAGAAGGAUCGUUGCAAGGCCAAAAAGAAUUCUUGACGGAGAUACACCUCUUAUCACGAGUUCAUCACCGAAAUCUAGUUUCGCUAAUCGGAUAUUGUGAUGAAGAAGGGGAACAAAUGCUGGUUUACGAGUUUAUGUCGAACGGGACUUUGCGGGACUGGAUUUCUGGUUGUGAAUUUUCUGCCAAAACUGCAGUAAACCUGAACUUUCGUAGGAGGUUACAAAUUGCACUGGGUUCAGCUAAAGGUAUACUGUAUCUCCAUACUGAAGCAAAUCCUCCUAUAUAUCACCGAGACAUAAAAUCGAGAAACAUCCUCCUCGACGCCAAGCUCACUGCCAAAGUGGCUGAUUUCGGACUGUCACGUCUUGCUCCCGAUCUCGACUAUGAAGGGGACGCUUCUGGACAUGUAUCUACUGUUGUGAAGGGUACCCCGGGUUACCUCGAUCCGGAGUACUUUUUAACCCAUAAAUUGACCGACAAAAGCGAUGUCUAUAGCCUCGGCGUUGUGCUCUUGGAGCUCUUAACCGGAAUGCAUCCUAUCUCUCACGGCAAAAACAUCGUUCGUGAGGUAAAACUGGCACAUCAACUAGGAACAAUGCUUUCAAUUGUCGACACCAGGUUGGGUUCGGUCUCGGCCGAGUGUCUAGAGAGGUUUGCUGCUUUGGCACUCAGUUGUUGCCAUGACAAGCCAGAAGACCGGCCGUCUAUGCGUGUUGUAGUGAGGGAGCUGGAGAACAUACUGAACAUGAUGCAUGAUGAUAGUGGCACCUUGUGUUCCAACUUGUCUCCAAGCUCGAGCACCGGACUUCCAUCCUCACCGACGUCGACAUCAGCAUCGGCAUCGUACAUUGCCCGAGACCAGUUUGCAUCGGGAAGCAUUUCGGGGAGCGAUCUCAUCAGUGGCGUUGAGCCAGCCAUCAGACCUCGCUGACAUAAUCUCUGCUUACUUCUUGUAACUAUGCUCUUGCAAGUUCUAAUAUGUGCUUAGCCAAUGUUUGUAGGAUUCAUAGCUCUCUAACGCGUUAUUC